CGGUCUUGUAUUUGUAUAUCCACAUUUCAAGUGAUAAAACUACAUGUCGCCUAUCGAUCUUCUCCUCCCUCUCGCCCUCUUUUUGGCGGGAAUAUAGAAGUCACUCAUUUAGGUAGGUCAUCUAUCAAACAAAUACAUAGGACAGAGGAGAGCCCCAGCAAAUAUGAACCCAUCAAGACCCAUCACCCCUUUCAGACUAGCCUCUCUUCUUCGUCUCCAAAAAGACCCUAAACUCGCUCUCCAACUCUUUAAAAAUCCAAACCCAAAGACCCCUUCGAAACCCUUUCGCUACUCUCUUCUCUCUUAUGACCUCAUCAUUACCAAGCUUGGCCGAGCUAAAAUGUUCAAUGAAAUGCAAGAAAUCCUUGCCCAACUCAAAGAAGAAACCCUUGUCACCCCUAAAGAGGCUCUCUUUUGCGACAUAAUCAAUUUCUAUGGCCGUGCUCGCCUCCCUGAAAAUGCUCUCCAACUGUUCGAUGAAUUGCCUUCGUUUCGUGUCCAAAGGACUGUAAAAUCGUAUAAUUCCUUGCUAAGUGUAUUCUUGAUGUGCAAGGAUUUUUAUAAAAUGAAGGAACUUUUUGUAGUUAUCGAGAAAUUGGGGAAAGCAGAUGCUUGUACCUAUAAUUUAUUGAUUCGUGGGUUUUGUGCGAGUGGGAGAUUAGAUGAUGCGUCCAACGUGUUUGAUGAAAUGACUAAUAGAGGUGUUAGUCCUAAUGUGAUUACAUUUGGUAAUUUGAUUUAUGGGUUUUGUUUGCAUCUGAGGUUGAAGGAGGCUUUUAAGCUGAAGACGGAUAUGGUUAAGGUCUAUAGGGUGUAUCCUAAUGCUUAUAUUUACGCGUCAUUGAUUAAGGGGGUUUGUAAGAAUGGCGAGUUAAGUUUAGCUUUUAGGCUUAAGAAGGAGAUGAUUAGAAAUAAAAUUGAGUUGGAUCCAGCAAUUUAUUCUACUUUGAUUAGUGGGCUUUUUAAGGCUGGGAGAAAGGAAGAGGCUUUAGGUGUUUGGGAGGACAUGAAAGAACGUGGGUACAAACCCGAUACUGUAACUUACAAUGUGAUUAUUAAUUUGUUUUGUAAGGAUAAGGAUUUUGAAGCAGCUUAUAGAUUGUUGGAUGAGAUGGUGGAGAAAGGGUGUAAGCCUGAUGUUAUCAGCUACAAUGUGAUACUUCGAGAACUGUUUGAAGAAGGGAAAAGGGGUGAAGCAAAUGAUUUAUUUGAAGAUAUGCCAAGACGUGGCUGUGCUCCUGAUGUUGUUUCCUAUAGGAUUCUUUUUGACGGGUUUUGCAAUGGGAUGCAGUUCAAGGAAGCAGCAUUUAUUUUGGAUGAAAUGAUUUUCAAGGGUUUUGUUCCUUGUUCUGCCAGUAUAUGCAAGUUUGUUAAUAGGUUGUGUGAGGCAAAGAAUGAAGAUUUGUUACGGUCAGCUUUUAAUGCUCUGGAGAAGGGAAAACUUGUCAAUGUAGAUUUAUGGAGGAUGGCUGUUGCCAUGGUAUUCAAGGAUGAUAAACUCUCUAGUUCAUUUAACCUCGUUGAUAGUUUGAUAGAUGUUAUGAACUGACACCAGGACAAUAAUAUUCUAUUCAGUUAUUUUCUGAUGAGGCACGUAAUUGAUUGAAUUUCUUCUUAUGUGAGUGAACAGCAGUAAGAGAUUUAUCGCAUGCAUGAUUGUGUGUUUUCCCACUCCUUGCAUUCCUACUUGCUCGCAAACACUUAGGGUACAGACGGUGCACUUCUUUCUGGUUGCAAAGUUAUUUGUCGGACUGGUCCAUAAAUUAAAAAGUGACAUCAGGCUUUGUAAGAUUUUGACUCGCAGUGAAAGUUACUGAAUCUGGUUGAUAUGAAAAUAUGGAUGUUUCCUUUGAGAAUUGGGUUGUGCUCUUUGAUGAAUAUUUCAGUUCCCUUUCUGAUUCCAAGAAAGUCUCCUUUCAAGAAGCCUUUGGAUCUUUAAGCUUUCAGAAUGUCAUUGGAAAUCUUUGUCCAGCAUCAUUUUUUCCUGGCUGUUGGGACGGGAAAGGUAACACAUGGGAGGGUUCCCUGUCCUUGCAGUUAUUGGAAUCUUAUGUGGGAUGUAUCAAGGAACUUCAGUGACUAUCAGUGGACAACUUUUACAGUCUACAAUUGACUAAGUAUCUCUUCUUGGUUUAUCUGUUCUUCGUGUAAUCUAAGUUCUGUUUCCUGCAAACAUGAUGAGUUGUUGAAUGACCUUCAACUAUAUUAUUCACUCUCUUUCCUUUCAUACCUGAGUUGGUUUAGGUGCAUCCAAAGAUACGAUUGACACAUGGCUGUCCCUCAGUAUUCCGGAAUGAUCUAAUCUGAUAUUUCUCUUACAUCACAUACUUGAGGUAGUCUACUUCUAAUUUAACCAUCAUUGUUUUUCAUGUCUCUCUUUCGUGGUAUUUGCACUUCUCUCUUUCAAUGUGUGUUUCAUAUAGAGAGGUUUCUCUUACUUGACUGAAAGACUCCUUACACACAUGUUCAUUUGUCUAAAUUACAAAAAACUUUCUGAUAAUGUUAUAGCCCUUGGUUUUGUAUAAAUCAAUCGAUCUGUGCGCUUUUGAAUUCAUGUUCUACGCCAAAGCUUUCAGGAAUCAUGGGAUUCCUCUAUUUAUUUCCUAGCCACUUUUUCUUGAGUCUUUUAUAAUUUGGGAAAUCGGGUUCUGUUUGCAGAAUUUAUUGCAUUAAGCACGGAAUAAGAUUGGGUGCAUUGAGCUGUAUUCAGUUAGAAGAGUUAGAAGGUAUACCAAACAUGCGACGAAGUUAAAUGAAUUUCUAUGGUAAGUUUAUAGGUGCUAUACAUGUAUGUAUACGUAUAUACAUAUUUAAACACACAAACUUGAUUCUUGAGUUUGGAUAACUCUGACUCAACUUUACAAUAUAAGUGGAUAUAUUCAUUUAUUUUUCUGCAA